GGGACCAGUCAGCUAGCGGUCCUUCGGUUUAAUUCUCCACAUCUUCAGUUCCUCAGUUCUUCAGUUCUCUAGUUCUCCAGUUCUUCAAUUCUAUAGUUGCAUAGUUCUCCAGUUCUCCAGUUCUUCAAUUCUAUAGUUCUAAAGCUCUAUAGUUCUCCAGCAGUUCUCCAGAUGGCUUCCUCCACAGCUGUUCUCCUCACCUGCCUGCUGGCCAUCCUCUCACCUGUCUGGUGUUACCCGCUUCAGGCGAAUGCGACAAGAGAUACAGAAGGGAGCGGACUGAUCAGUGAGGACCCUGAUGACCCUGAUGACCCUGAGCUUAUGGACGGUGACAUUGUUGUCCCCUCUGGACUCCAGAAUGCAGACCCCAGCGUGUGCCUUUGGUGGCGGGACGGCAAAACAGGACGAGUGACCAUCCCCUACUACUUCGGUUACCCCUACACUCGCUUCCAGAGAGCGGAAAUCAUGGGGGCUCUUGGGAUCUUCACCAGAAACGGCUGCGUGUUCUUCGAACAUCAUGACAAACCCAUAAAGAAAGGAGACCACCUGGUCAUCACAUCAAAACAUAAGUGCUGGUCCCACCUGGGUCGUAAGGGCGGGCGGCAGAUGAUAUCUAUAAACAAAGACAAGGGCGUUACCUUUCCAAUCAUACUGCACCUGGCAAUGCAUGCCCUCGGCUUCCGUCACGAGCACCAGCGCAGCGACCGGGACCAACACAUCCGAAUCAACUACAACAACAUCAUCAAAGGGAGAGAGGACGACUUCAAAAAAGUUGAGACGGACAACCUGAAUGCUCCCUAUGACUACCACUCAGUCAUGCAAUACCCGGGGUUAUUCCUAUCCCGUAAUGGGCGCCCCACCAUGGUGCCUAUUCCUGACAGCCGUGUCCCGAUGGGGCAGGCCGUUACAAUCAGCUUCAUGGACCUGGCCAAAGUCAGAAACCUCUACUGCAAGUACUAAGAGGAAUUGGUUACAAUCCCUGGAGCAAUGUGCGGUUAGGUGCCUUGCUCAAGGUCACCUCAGCCUAUAAUAUACCAUGCCAACAAUUACAUACAGGGCCUCAGGGCAAGACACUGAUAGGGCCCCCCACACGGCCUGUCAAGGGUCACAGUAGGGCCCCCACAUCCAACACAGGAGGGC